AUCGUUUGUAAUCAACAACCAUUUUGUGUAGUUGAAGAUGAGGAUCUUCAAAUAUUUGUUUUUGAACUCGACCCCGCUACAGACUUCCUUGUAGGCAAACGAUUUCGGUCCAUAUUUAGCAUUUGUAUGAAAGAGAGCGUAGGCAACUGUGUAAUUUUUUUAAAAGUUUUGGACAUAAGGUGUCAAUCACGACCGAUAUAUG